GUUGUUCACACCCAAGGCCCCCUCGACGGCAGCCUGUAUGCCCGAGUCCACAAGAAAGAGUCUCUCGAGGGUGUGGUCACAAUCAACAGCCUUCCCGUCCUCGACCACCCCCUAACCAACGCAGACCACACCCCCCAACACCCUGACCACACCCUCCCAAGCUCUGACCGCACCCUCCCGGUAGUGGGCCACGCCUCCCUGCCCGCGGUCGACCACGCCCUGUCGGUCAGCAGCGACUCUGGGAACUCGACAGCAUCCGUCAAAACCGACCGCACCGAUGACCACAGUCUGUUGCUUCAUGGAGCGGUGAACGCCAACCAGAACCACAACACACCCAGUCAUCCCCCUCUCAGUCCCCAGGAGAAGAGAGAGUUGGACCAGCUUCUGAUUGGCCUUGAGGCCCCCAUGCUCCACCGCCAGGCUUACCUGGCUACCUCCACCAGCCCCGGAGGGGGAGUACGCCACCUCGUCCCAGCCCAGGUGCACGUCAACGGGCAUACCCGGCUCAUUGCAGCCCCCUCCGCCGAAGAGCGCGAGACGGACAUCUUGGACGACGAGCUGCCCAUCAGUCAGGAGGGUAACAGCGUGGACAGUCUGGGAACACUCUCGUCAUUGGAGGGCCAGGCCACGCCCGCAGAGCUGUACUACCAAUCAGAGAUACCCGUUAACAGGCAGAUCGACGGGCCGUACCUAGAGAAGCUACGGGAGAUGCCGGUGCACCGAAUACAGACUUCUACGUCGGCGCAGGAGCGGAUCAUGGACUCCAGUUCGCCCCAGGAGGAGGAGUACUCUCCUAACAGUUACCAGAACGGGAGUAUGCAGCGCUCCCAGUCCUUCGGGACCCCAGAGCCGGGACACCCCAAGCUGCCCAGGGCCCCUGAGAGGAGCACCAGUAGCAGGGAGGCGGUCCAGAGGGGGUUGAACGCAUGGCACCAGUACAGUCUGCCAGACGACCCCUUCGGUCCUCCCUUACAGAGCACCCACAGUCUGCCCCACUUCCCCCCCACUGCCUCCCAGCACGACAUAGAGCAGUCUAUCGAAGCCCUCAACAUGCUGAUGCUGGAUCUGGACCCACACACAGGACAGGUGCCCAAGUCCUACAGCGCCCCCUCUGGUGAGAACAGUGUAGGAGGGUCAGCCCAGGUCCCCUUCUCCCAAUCUCUGGCCAGGCCGUCCUACCAGGCAGACUCAGCCAUCCACGGCUAUAACAUUAAUUACAACGCCUUCGGACAGCCUCUGAGGUCAACGGCGGGCCGGGUGUCAACGUCGCCCGUCCAGAGUCCUGUGGCUGAAUCUCCCCUGUCGUACGCCCCCCCGAGGUCCGCCUCAUACCAGCCCCACACCAACACCACUCCCAUACACCCCCCCGAGCCCUACCACACGCGCCCAGCCCAAGGGCCUGGUUCCGCCCUCUACCCCUCCGACCCCUCCCCCACCUUCGGACAACUCCAGAUUAAGCCCCUGAACUCGUACCCAGGUGGGACGGUGGUGUCCCACUCCCCAGACCUCAAGGGAGGGUCUCCCUAUCCCGGCUACAGCACCUCCUCCUCCCCCCUCCCCAACUCCUCCCCCCUGCUUAAGGAGCCAGAACCUGAGGAGGAGAACCUCAACCUGGAGGGCCUGGUGGCUCAACGCAUCGCUGGUAAGUGACUACCGGACUGAGAAUUAGAUUGAAUAUCCCUGUUUAGUUUCACAAUUUUCAUUCAUUUUCAUAUUUCAUGUUUCAUUAUGUCAUUUUCAAAAGCAGAGGUAUUCGCUGUCACAAUACAUAAAAGCAAAAAUACAUUAUAAGGAUGUCAUAUGUGCUUAUGACGUGUCUUAUAAUGCAUUAUUACUGCAUCAUAACACCUUAUAACUGUUACCAAACAUUCUUUAGUGGGACAGUUACAAAGGACUGUGUUUUGACUGUCAUCCUUACAGGCACCGCUGCAGAGUCACAAUGAACGCUUUGUUCCAGAACAUGCUGUGAACUAUAAGAGUCCAGUCAUAGUCUAGUGCAGUAUAUCAACGUCAUUCUAUCACCACUGGCGUAUUCAGAGAGGUGCACUGUUUACAUGUACUCUAAUAGUUAGAACAUAUUAUCUACUUCUAUAUUGGAAAUGGCAGCUACUGUUCCAUGUCCCCAGCUUUGUCUAACCUUGGCAAUAGGUGUAAUCAUCAUGGCAUUGAGCUAGAUAGAUAGAAAGUCUUAGUUGUGCAGGACAGAUUUGGCCUAAAAACAUACGGUGAGCUCUGAGCUGUGUCCUACAGCAAGGGGAGAGUUGGACACCAUGGAGAUGAGAUGAGAUAUAAGGUGGUAAGAAUAGACAUGCUGGUUGAGCGCUCAGCUACCAUGCAUUUUCCACAUUGACAUCCCACCACAUGUGUAAGCCUAUGGCAUGGUUCUCACAGAUGCCACCAAGUGGGCUUAUUUGGUAGUUGCCUUUGUCUUUCUACUGCGGAUGUUGAUUUGGUAUUUGGUAUUUUAUUAGGAUACACAUUAGCUGUUGUGAAAGCAGCAGCUACUCUUCCCGGGCUCCACACAGAACAUAUCACAUAAUACUGAUGUAUGGUAAAGCAGUGUUUCUCAAUCCAAAUUCUGGGGUAUUCCAGAAAGUGCACAUUUUGGUUCUAUCCCUGCUCUAAUUUCUCUCAUAUCUCAUUUUAACGUCCUUCUUUCAUCUGUGUGUUACUGCCCCUGACUUCAGAGAACAAACGUUAUAUACCUUCAUUUUACUUGAUUCAUCUUUCCUUUCUGUUUCUGUCUCUUGUUCUGUCCAUCCAUUCCUCUGUUCUGUUGGACCACCCUUGGACCACCCUUCACGCCAUUGCAUCUGCCUCCGCACCUCCUUCCUCCUCCUCCUCCUCCUCUUCCUUCUCCUCCUCCUCCUCCACCUCCUCCUCUGCCUCCUAUCCACCACCCCCACUGUGAGCAGAGUACAACGCUCGUAUUCAGGGCAUCAACGAAAGCAUUACCACUACGCCACAAUCUGACCGCCAUCGCUCCUAUUCCUUCUCUGGUUUGUCCAAUAUCCACUGUCCGUCUCGCUCUCUCUCUACUCGAUCUUCAUAUUUAUUUCGUAAUAGAUAAAAUAAGGAUAGAGAAUAUUAUAGGCAUAUAUAUAGCGAUAGCUAUUACUUUUAUCUAUUCUCUAUAUGAUCUCUAGCUAAUAUAAUACUAUAUCAGUCUCAUCUCUCUUCUUUCUUUCUUCUCUCUCAUCCUUCUUCUUCUCUUUCUCUCCUCUAUCUCUCUCUCCUCCUCUCUUUCUUUCUUCUCUCUUCCUCUCUCUACUAUUCGCCCUCUCUUCUCUCUCUCUUCUCUAUCUCUCUCUCUCUUUCUCUCUCUUUCUCACUCUUCUCUCUCUCACUCUCUCUCUCUCUCGCGACAACAUUCCUCUUAAAAUAAGCAAAUCACUUCUUUGAAGGUUGGACUCCAUGGUGUAUGAAACAUGGAAUAUACAGUGUAGAUACACUCUGAAACUUAUUUCCAGAUCCACUUUUUAGAUCCACCCUAAAGUUGUCGUUUUUCCUAAAUACAUUCCUGAAACUGAAGGAAAGCCUUUUGGAAUUCCUGACGCUGUUGUUGACGUUCCAGGGAUGCGUUCACGUGGGAUGACGCCGGAGGAGGCUCAGGAGACCGUCCGCCGUCGGACCACCAGCGAGGGGCACUACCAGAGUGGCCAUGAGGACCCUCCAGCCCACACGGGGGCGCCGGUGCGCUCCCCUGUCCACUCGUCAGACUUCCACAUCCUCAACCCUGGAGGAAGACCCCGAGAGGUAGAGUACACACCACUAUCCAGCAACAGGCAGCAAGCUCUCUCUCUCUCUCUCUCUCUCUCUCUCUCUCUGUCUCUCUAUCUCUCUCUCGCCUCUCUCUCUAUCUCUCUAUCUUCUCUCUCUCUCUCCUCUCUCUCUCUUCUCUUGUCUGUCUCUUCUGUCUCUCUGUCUUCUCCUCUCUGUUCUCUCUCUCGCUCUCUCUCUCUCCGUCUCUCUCUCUCUCUCUCUCUGUUCUCUUCUCUCUCUCUCUCUCUCUCUCUCUCUCUCUCUCUCUCUCUCUCUCUAUCUCUCUCUCUCUCUCUCUCUCCCUCUCUCUCUCUCGUCUUUAUCAGCUUAAAAUAUUCUUCCAUUCAUUGAAUAGUUCAUUGUUUCACUGUGAGAGUAACCAUGUCUGUUGUGUGUGUGUGUGUGUGUGUGUGUGUGUGUGUGUGUGUGUGUAUGUAUGUGGACUUUGUGUUGGUGUGUGUGUGUGUGUGUUUGUUAUGUGUCGCUAUCUCUGUAUUUGUAUCUGUGUGUUAUUUUCUGUCCUCGUGUGUAUUUCCUGUCUGUGCGUGUUUGCAUUACCUCUAUGUGCACAUUGUCCCUGUCCGUGUGUUUUCUGGCUCCUUCUGUGUCUGUCUGUGGGUGUGUGUGUGUUAUGUCGUGUGUUGUGUGUGUGUGUUGUUGUGUGUGUGUGUUUUGUUGUUGUGUGUGUUGUGUCCCCUCCCUCCAGGGCCCCAUGCACAGCUACCGCGAGGCGUAUGGGGAUGAUGAUGUUGACGGUGGGGCUGCUGUCAGUCCUAUGUUCAGCAGUGGUGGUGAGGCCUACCCCCUGACCCCUGCCUUCCCUGUCUCACCUCAGACCCCUUACUUCAACAUGUGUAAGUUCACAUUCCCUGCAGACAGAGGGCGCCCGUAGACCUUACUCUAUUGCCACAGUUAGUAAAUCAUAAUUAUACGAUUGCAAUAAACAUUAAGUAUGUAGUGCUACACAAUAAGUGGUUGUAGACGGAGGCCCAGUUCCAAUACUUUUAAGAUGCAUCCUUCUUUACUGCCUUCUUAUAAGGGAGGAACGAUGCACUCUGAAAUUAUUUGGACAGGGCCAGAGACAGUCACUGCUGUUACUGUAAUUGUCAAUUGUUGGUGUUUUGAUUGGGACUAAUCGGUGGUGGGAUUCCUAAAUUAAUUCAAUAACACCUUUCUUUCUCUUGUAGUAAACUAAUACUAAUUCCCUCUGUGGAAAAAAUUAUGAGAGGGACUGGAAAUAGGCACACGUAUCUAGAGUGACUUACAGUAGUGAAUGCAUAAAUAUAUAUAUUUUUUCAUACUGUUCCUCUGUGGGAUUCAAACCCACAACCCUGGCAUUGCAAGUGCCAUGUUCUACCAGCUGAGCCUCAUAGGAAUAGAUAGAAGAGAAUAUUGUAGUUUCAACACUAUAGUAUUAACCUAUGACCUAUAAAUCAUGUCAGGUUAGACAGUAGAUUGCUUCUUGGCACCAUAGAGAUAUCAUAGAGGUAAAUACUGUAUCUAUCUGUAUUUAUCUUAAUGCUUGACACAUGAUCAUUUCAAUAGACAGACUGCUUUUGGCUUAUUUGGGACCAACCAGGGUUAGGGCUCCCUAUUCCUGCAGUGGUGACCGACACACUGUAGUUGAAGUAAGGACCCGUUUUGAGCCCCCAGAGACCCCCAGAUACCCCCCUCCAUCAACCCCCUUUGCCCUGCCCCACUACCCCUGCUCUGGCCCCUGCCUGCCCUCUCUGGAGGCACUAUCUUUCAAACAGACAGACAAAGAAUUGAUAUGGGAUUCUUUGGUAAGUGUAGGAUGCAUGGAAUUUUCGGAUUACUGCUCAAUGUCCAGUCCACCACACAAACCCUAGCCAAACUCUUUUCCACUGCUGGCAAACUGCUGGAAUUUCAAUUCACUUCAUGAAUUGACUGAAUAAAAAUGGAUUGGACCCCAAUCCUGGCAUGUAGUCAUUGUGUCUGUCUCCUUGGAUAUACAGUACUACUAUGUAGUUACUAGAUGUACCGUUCGGGAUGCUAUUGGUUCCCUCUCCGUGUCACCAGUCCCUUAGUGAACUGUUCUGUGUUGGUCUGCUUUCUGCAUGCUGUGUCCCAACUCUUGCUUGGCCAGGGCAUGUUGUACUGUAGGUGUCUCCAUUCACCAUCAUUGUUGUCCUGUUGUUGUAGGUUGUUGGUUGUUUGGAUCUGACACUGUGUAUUCUGUAUGGAUCAUCUCAGAUCCUCUGUAGGCUAACACUUACAGUUUGGUUUGGUCUCUCUCUCUCAUGAUCUCUCUCUCUCUCUCUGUUUCUCUCGCUCUCUCGCUCUCUCUCUCUCUGUUUCUCUCUCUCUCUCACUCUCUCGCUCUCUCUCUCGCUCUGUUUCUCUCUCUCUCUCUCUGUUUCUCUCUCUCUCUCUGUUUCUCUCUCGGUUUCUCUCGCUCUCUCGCUCUCUCUCUCGCUCUCUCUCGCUCUCUCUCUCUCUCUUUCUCUCUCUUUCUCGCUCUCUCUCUCUCUCGCUCUCUCUCUCUUUCUCUCUCUUUCUCUCUCUCUCUUCUCUCUCUCUCUCUUCCUCUCUGUUUCUCUCUCUCUCUCUCUCUCUCCUCUCUCUCCUCUCUCUCUCUCUCUCUCUCUCUCUCUCUCUCUCUCUCUCUCUCUCUCUCACACUGUCUCCUCCUCUCUGGCUCUCUUUCUCUCUCUAGCCCGUUCUCCUCCAGGCUUGGCCAAAACCCCUCUCUCUGCUCUAGGACUGAAGCCCCACCAUCCAGCAGACAUGCUCCAUGGUGGAUCAGGUCAGUACACAAACACACACACACACAAACUUUUCCCAUCUAGGUUUUCUUAGUCCAUCCAAUUGCUUCUAAACACCUGCAAACCUUCUCUUGGUCUCUUGCUUCUCUUUCAAUGGUUUACUCCUCUCUUUUUCUAACCUCUCCCUCAAUCACCAACUCUUUUCUUCUUCUACUUAUUCCUUCUGUUCUGUCAGACUCUGAAUCUGUAAGCGAUGAGGAGCAAGGUAAGGGCGUUUCUAUGGCAACACGUGGCACCAACCUCUUACCCCCGUCACACAGAGUACCCAUAAUCCUUUGUGUUCGGCCAUGUUUGAAAACCCCUCGUUUUGACCGGAGGAUCUUGUUGUGGCUUCUCAGUUUUGCUCUACCUUCUGUUGUUCACCUCUAGAGGAAUAACACAGUCCCACUAUACAGGCUACAACCGCAAACAUUCUGUUUUGAUUGGCUAUCAGUGGUUUAAGUCCUGCCUCUUCUCGAAUUUCAUUGGGUUCCCGAUGCGUGCCAAUGUUUUUUGGGGCUUGCCCGGAAGUUGCUGAAACGUGAUGAAAAAGUUAUGGUUAAAAUAAGGAAUUCGUUAAGGUGUGAGGUAAGGUUAGGUUAUGUAUGAAAUCUAUAUUUGGUUGUUAGCCUGUUGAGUGGGCCUGUAUAACGCCUCCACCACUUUGCAUCUGUAUUAAUAAACACUUUGAGUCUCCCUCAGGAUGUUUCUGUUGUCUAUUCAUGUUUCUUUUCUUUUUAUACCAUUUUGGGAAUGACCUCGCCAGGUUUUAUUUCUGUCUCUCCUGUUCUGUCUUUUCUGUCGGUCUCCCUCAUAACUGCAUCCCUUUGACUCCCUGUUUAGCCAAUAACAGGGUAAUAAUAACAUCUGUGUGUGUGUUUUUUCUCUACAGACGGCCGUGGUUAUGGUGGACACCCCUUUAAUGAUCCUAUAUCUUCCAGUAGUCCCAUCCACAGCCCAGACGGGUGAGUACUGUACUGUACCCCCACCCCACUGUCUGCCUGGGGCACAGAGUUUGGAUAACCCAGGGAAAACUCUUCAAAUAAAAGGAAUAAAGAUAGUCCUCAGCUCAGCUCAGUGUUUCUCUCUCUCUGCAGCAUGAGGAUGGCUUCCUCCAUUCGUCCCCAGGCUGACUCCGGCUUCCACUCCCACCCCUCCGAGAGUGUCCGGCACACUCCCGUCCCGUCCCACGGCCCCCACUCCCCUGAGGGCUCCCAGGUCAGCGUCGUGGGUCCCCUCCACACCGUCCCGGGAAGCCCCAACACCCUCCACCGCACGGUGGCCACCAACACCCCGCCAAGCCCCGCCCUCCAGCGCCACCUGGCCAACCAGGCCAGCCCGGGUCUGGCUCGUCACCCCACACCGCCCAAUGGGAACAGGGUGCAAGUCCCCGGCAGCCCUGUGAUCCCCGCAAGAGGCUCCAGAACCUCCGCCGUCCCUCCUAGCCCUUUGAUGGGGCGCCACCCGAUGGCCAGUGGCCACAUUACGCCCGAUGACAGACAGGGGACACCACCCAUGCCCUCCUUCCCAGUGUCGCCCCAGCCGAUGCUUCCAGAGAAGAGGCGGCUGCCCAGUGGAGAGAGGUCCAAUGGGGGGCUGUCGUAUGGGACUCUGGAUGGGAAGACCACCACACCCACCUUACCCAGUGGAGGCAGCACGCCCAGUGUGUCCACCUCUCACACCCUACCGGACCUCUCCAAAUUCUCCAUCUACGGUGAGAGAGGAGGUCCAAUCCUAAAUGAACCCCUGUAGCAUCUAGCCCUAGUCACGGCCAUGUUCUUUAUACCUAUUCAAUCCAUUCAGAUCUAGCCAAGUGAGAGUUCAUAGUCAACCAUGCACAGCAGAUACUAUACAUAUUAAGUCAAUCAGUGCUGGUUUUGAUGGAUGAAAGUCUCUGAAUCAUCACUAUUUCACUGCUUUGACCAUUGUCACUACUUCUACAGACCAGAGUCCAGACAUCAGGCUGAACGUGAAGUUUGUCCAGGACACGUCUAAGUUCUGGUACAAGCCAGACAUCUCCAGAGAGCAGGCCAUCAGUCUGCUGAGAGACAGGGAGCCUGGGGCCUUCGUUAUCAGGGACAGUCACUCCUUCAGAGGGGCCUACGGCCUGGCCAUGAAGGUGGCCUGCCCACCUCCCACCGCCAACAAGAAAGGUACAGUAGAUCUUUAAUCUUAGUCGCAGGUCUAGGAUCAGAUCACCCUAACCUGAAUCCCAACCUUAAUCAUUAGGUGUGAAAACGCAAAAACUGACCUUCGAUCAGAGACCUUUGAUUAAAGGAUGUGUUUACUGUUUUGCCUUUUGUCAGUUGGUGACAUCACGAGCGAGCUGGUGAGGCACUUCCUGAUUGAGACGAGCUCCAAAGGCGUGCGUCUGAAGGGCUGUCCCAACGAACCCUACUUUGGCGAGUUCCAAACAUGCACAUUCAACAGAGAAUUUGUUCAUUAGGCCUCCAGCAAGUACGUACACUUGCUAAUCAUGGGUAUGUGUGUGUAUGUGUGCAGGAUGCCUGUCUGCCCUGGUGUACCAACACUCAAUGACUCCUCUGGCCCUGCCCUGCAAGCUGAUGAUCCCCAGCAAAGAUCCCAAUGAAGAGGCCCUGGAGCUGGACACUCCCACUGACACAGUGGCCGAGCUGGUGAAACAAGGAGCAGGUAGGGACAAACUGCACCCUGCAUUAUUCAGCCCAUUCUCUUUGAUUUGAUCAUUUAUCCAUCUCCAUUCCAAGCCUUCUAUUACAACAACAGAUACAUACACAACAACAAUCGAAUAAUAACUGGCCAAAUUCUGUUGUACUUUUACUACUGUAGUUACUAGUGUAAUUACUAUGCAGUUUCACAAAUACAUAGUUUUCAGGUAGUACAGUGGUUUUGUUUCUCCUCUCAUGCUUGGAUACUGUGUUAUGUUGCAGUAGCACAGCAACAAGUCCCCGAGGAGGCCCAUGGUAAAUACUGGACUGUGUUUUUGGCAUUAUUAACCCUCUUGUCCCCACACUCCCCAGACUGAUAUUUCAGCUCUGCCUGGUCACCACAGAAGCUUCCCUCUCACUACCAUGCCAUGCCUGCCUUAGUCACAUCUUUGCUUGUCAUGGUUGGAGUUUUUCAAACGAGUGAAGUGUAUUUAUAUAGCGCUCUUCUUUAGGUCUUAUGCAUGGCAGCUGUUGUGAGGUUUGAAACAUUGUCUUCUGGAUUAGACGUGUGUUCUUUUCUCUUUGGUAGAGAUAGCAUAGCAUGGCGCUAUGUACCAACAAAUGCACGGAGUGAGCAUUCUAACUGAUAAAAGAAGAAAGGCAGAUAUGGAGUCACUAAUAUACAGCCAGCUGUUGCCUCGAUCUGUUUUUCAACACUUAUCAACAACAUGUUCAAAUGAUUGCACUAAUUGUUGAUAGUUGAACUCCUUCACUGCUUCUUGUUUUUUUGUUCUCUCCCAGCAUGCAACGUUCUUUACAUCAACUCUGUGGACAUGGAGUCUCUGACUGGUCCUCAGGCCAUCGCCAAGGCGAUCAGCGAAACGUUGGCCGUCAACCCGUUGCCCGCAGCAACAACCGUCCACUUCAAAGUGUCGUCGCAGGGCAUCACCCUCACGGAUAGCCAGAGGAAGUGAGUUGUAACCAUGGAAACAGGAGCACCCUACACCCACAGUCAGAGCCAUGGAAAUGUGUUGUUAUUCACUCAUUGAUUCUGACUGCUACACUAGUAUGUCAAAGUGUUUUACUUGAAUUGAGCUAGCUUGGUGACAAACUCUGAGAUUUCCAACACUAACUCUGAGUUUCUUCCUGCCCUAGGGUCUUCUUCCGAAGGCACUACCCAAUCAACACUGUCACCUACUGUGACAUCGACCCCCAGGACAGGAAGUAAGUGUGUGAGACCAGAUCUUUCUACUGUUCUAAAGUAGUGAAAAUAGUUCAAAUGUAGCCUACGUAGGGUCGAUUUUUUGAUUGUUCCUCCAAAAUGAAUUUGUCACAUCUCAUCUUCACAGGUGGAGCAACGAAGGAGUUGGAACGGCAAAGUAAGUCUCACAACUCAAAUCACUCUAUUACACAUAGAUUAGGUCAUUAAAGAGAUGGGACAAAAAAGUCCCAUGGUCCACAUUGGCCUAUAACUACAUCAAAUCAUGAACCAUCUCCUUUAUACUCUAAACAGGCUUUUUAUUUCUCUUUAAACUUCAGACUGUUUGGUUUCGUGGCACGUAAACAAGGAAGCACAACGGACAACGUCAGCCACCUGUUUGCCGAGUUGGACCCCAACCAGCCUGCUUCAGCCAUCGUCAACUUCGUCUCCAAAAUCAUGAAGCGA